AUGAGAAAUCGAUACCCAACAAGCCAUGCAGACAUGAAGGGCUAUCAAGGGUCAAGGUCGCCAAAGGCCACCAGGCCAACGGUUAUAAGUAAAGCGAGUCUAGGAGGAGACUCCAGACUAUCUCCUCUUUCAUCCUCAUCCGAUUCAUCAGUCACUCGCUCACUGUCAUCGUGUAGGGAAGGCGGGAACCUUUCACUUCGUCUCUCAGUCAAUCGUUUUUACCAUUUUCUCUCAUUUCCCACCUUACCCCCCUUCUCAGACAUCAUGAGGGUCACCGCCGUCGCCGUUGCCGUCCUCUCCGGAUUGGCCCAGUCCCAGAUGUUCACCUCAACCCGUUCGGCCGGCUGGCAGCCGUCGCAGCCCGACUUCCCCGCCGUGCCCCUGGACCCGCAGACCAUCUUCGAGACGACCGUGUCCCGGGUCUUUGUGCCCGGCCCCGGACGGCCGACCUGGACUUGGAGCACAAAGGUCGUCACCGUCACCCAGCCUUGCACGACCACCUCCACGACUACCCCUUGCACCACUUCCACCAGGAAGCACAAGCCUACCCCGUGCUCUACUUCCAAGAAGCCUACGACGGCGCCUUGCACCACGUCGAAGAAGCCCACGCCUACCCCGUGCUCAACUUCCAAGAAGCCUACUACGACUCCUUGCUCGACCCCCAAGAAGCCCACUACGACUCCUUGCUCGACAUCUAAGAAGCCCACGACUACCCCGUGCUCAACUCCCAAGAAGCCCACUACGACUCCUUGCUCUACGUCUAAGAAGUCUACCACCACCCCUUGCACGACCUCUAAGAAGCCAACGACCACGCCUUGCUCUACUUCCAAGAAGCCGACGACCACUCCCUGCUCUACCUCCAAGAAGUCCACCACGACUCCUUGCACCACCUCCAAGAAGCCUUCACCCAUACCUUGCACCACUUCAACCAAGAAGACUACUACCCCCUGCGUGUCUUCCACUUCUAAGAAGCCCACAACCACUCCCUGCAAGUCUUCUUCCAGCUCCAAGAAGUCCUCGACCACCCACAAGUCCAAGACUUCAUCCAAGGCAGUGGUGACCUCCAGCCGCCGUCACAACGCCACAACCCCUUGCACCUCGGCCACCAAGAAGGUGACGACUUCCCAGAAUCCCAAGACCACCACGACCGCCAAGGCCACCACCUCUGCCGUCGUCGUUGUCCUGUCUUCGCAGAAGGCCGUUCCCUCUUCCUCCAAGCCCGUUGUCGUGGUCUCCUCCCAGCGCGCUGUGCCGCCUGCGUCUUCGGCCUCCAAGCCCGUUGUCAUCGCGUCUUCGCAGAAGGCUGUUCCCGUCACCCCUCAGGCCUCGAGCACGCCUUGCCCUACGGUCACUAGAGUCCGUUACCAAAACUCUACCGUCACUGCGAACAAGCCUGCCACUGUUCCCUCGCAGCCUCCCCCUCCUUCUCAACCUCCCGCUCAACCUCCUGCUCAGCCUCCUGCGCAACCUCCCGCGCAGCCUCCUACGCAGCCCGCUCAACCCCCGGCGCAGCCUCCUUCUCAACCCCCUGCUCAGCCGCCCGCGCAGCCUCCUGUCCAAACUCCGGCGCAGCCUCCUACCCAGCCGGCUACCACUGGAGGCAAGCCCUCCACGGUCGCCACCGCUGGCGGCAGCUACGUCAAGGCACCUCUCACCCUCGCUGGUGCUCUCAUGGUCGCCGCCUUCUUCCUCUAA